GUUAAAGACAGGAUUCCCAAAAGCACCACCAAGCCUGGAGUGCUUUAGGCUUCAGAAGAUGAGGUUUUGUACCCUGUUUCUCUUUGCCAGUAUCUUCCUAAUCUCAUGGCUCUCUACUACCAAAGGUGAAGAAGUGACAUGCAAAACUCCUCAUAUCCCAAAUGGUAACUACACACCUCACAGGAUUAACUACACUGCUGAAGAUGAAAUAAGAUAUGAGUGUACAGAUGGCUUUUACCCUUCGACCCAGGGAACUGUUGCAAAGUGUACAAGUACUGGAUGGAUCCCUGCUCCAAGAUGUAGUUUGAAACCUUGUGAUUUUCCACAAUUCAAAUAUGGACGUCUAUAUUAUGAAGAAAGACGGAGACCCUACUUCCCAGUACCUAUAGGACAGGAUUAUAGCUAUUACUGUGAUAAUGGGUUUUCGACGCCUUCAGGGUCAUACUGGGACUACCUUCAUUGCACAGCACAAGGGUGGGAGCCUGCAGUGCCAUGCCUCAAGACAUGUUUAAAGUCAGAUAUUGAAAUUGAGAAUGGAUUGCUUUCUCAAUCUGAUUCCAAAUAUCUUCAAAAUAAAAAAGCACAGUAUAUGUGUAAACAGGGAUAUGUGACAGCAGAUGGAGAAACAUCUGGAUCAAUUACCUGCCUAGAAGAUGGAUGGUCAGCUCAACCCUCAUGCUUUAAGUCGUGUGAUAUGCCUGUGUUUGAGAAUUCUGUAACUAAGACUAAUAGCACAUGGUUUAAACUCAAUGACAACAUAGACUAUGAAUGUCACGUUGGAUAUGUAAACAAAUAUAGACAUACCAAAGGCUCCAUAACUUGUACUCAUGAUGGAUGGUCUGAUAUGCCCUCAUGUUAUGAUUCAACAAAGAUAUGUGGGCCUCCUCCACCUAUUGAGAAUGGAGACACCAAAUCCUUCCCACUACCGAUAUACAUGCCAUCAUCAUCAGUUGAAUAUCAGUGCCAGUAUUUGUACCAUAUGCAGGGCAAUAAGACAAUAAUAUGUAUACAUGGAGAGUGGUCAGAGUCACCAAAAUGUUUACGAAUGGCGUGUGAACCUCCUGAUAUUCCAAAUGGUACCUACUCACCUCAAAGGGUUACCUACACAGCUGAAGAUGAAAUAAGAUUUGAAUGUAAAGAUGGUUUCUACUCUGCAACCCAGGCAACUGUAGCAAAGUGUACAAAUACUGGAUGGAUCCCUGCUCCAAGAUGUAUGAAACCUUGUGAUUUUCCACAAUUUAAAAAUGGAAAUCUAUAUCAUGAAAAGAGGCGUAGACCCUACUUCCCAGUACCUAUAGGAAAGGAGUACAGCUACUACUGUGACAAUGGAUUUGUGACUCCUUCAGGGUCAUACUGGGACUACCUUCGUUGCACAGUACAAGGAUGGGAGCCUGAAGUCCCAUGCCUCAAGGAAUGUGUUUUCCAUUAUGUGGAGAAUGGGGAAGCUUCAUAUUGGCAAAGAACAUAUGUAGAGGAUCAGUCUGUAAAAGUCCAAUGUUACAAUGGCUAUAGUCUUCCAAAUGGUCAAGACAUGAUUACAUGUACAGAGAAUGGUUGGUCCCCUCCUGCCAAAUGCGUCAAGUCGUGUGAUAUACCUGUGUUUGAAAAUGCUGGAACUAAGAAUGAUAGCACAUGGUUUAAACUCAAUGACAAAUUAGACUAUGAAUGUCAAGUUGGAUACGUAAACAAAUAUAAUCAUACCGAAGGCUCGAUAACUUGUACUCAUGAUGAAUGGUCUGAUAAGCCCUCAUGUUAUGAUUCAACAAAGAUAUGUGGUCCCCCUCCACCUAUUGAGAAUGGAGACAUCACAUCCUUCCCACUACCAGUAUAUAUACCACCAUCAUCAGUUGAAUAUCAAUGCCAGUCUUUAUACAAAUUGCAAGGCAACAAGACAAUAAUAUGUAUAAGUGGAGAGUGGUCAGAGCCACCAAAAUGUUUACAUCCAUGUAUAAUAUCAAUAGAAAUUAUGGGAAAACGUAACAUAACUUUCAGGUGGGAAGAAAAACAAAAGCAGUAUUACCAAUCCGGAGAGAUUCAAGAAUUUAAGUGUAAAAGUGGACAUCAUCUGGCAACGUCUCAACCAUUAACUACAAUGUGCAUUAACGGUUACAUCAAUUAUCCCACUUGCACAAAAUAAUAUGAAAAGUUUUAGUAGAAUUUAGGCAUACACCUCUGUUCAGUUAAGAUGCAUGCAUAUUAUCAAUACAGUGAGAGCUUUACUUUCAAAGUCUUGUUUAACUCAUUUCCAUUCAUAAGUGUAAGCUGGUGUGUAUAUACAUGAUGAUUAAUCUGAGAACUAACUGGGAUACUGUAGACACCAAGGCAAAGAAUUUUCUUUAAAGCUUCUAAAUCAAAAUGUGAUCUAUCCUAGCAAAAAAAAAAAAAAAACAGUAGUAGUAAUUAGAUGUAAUUACUUCUCUAUCUG